AUGGAUCCGAAUCCAGAGCUUACUCAUCUCUAUUCCUGCAGUCGCUGGGCGAACUUGGAUCCGAACGAAGUUAUCGCCAACUAUGUCCAAAUUGGAGAAGAAACCUGCAAGCAACUCCGGAAAACAAUCCAUGUUGAAGAUCUUCCUUAUGAUCAGUCAGACGAUCCUAAUAGUCCCACAAAAGUUGAUAUCUGGGGAGAGGUAAAAGACGACUUGGUUAUCUUCAUUCAUGGCGGUUAUUGGCAGGAAGGAACAAGAAAAGUGGUCAGCCCAGUUGCCGUAAACCUAUUGAAGAGAGGAAUAGCGAUGGCUGCGGUUGGCUACGAAUACGCCAGCCCUUCUAAUCCCAUCUCGCAAGUGGUCAAGCAACUCGUGGCUGCUACUGAAUUUCUACUUAGCAAACAUCCACAAGCAAAGAGAAUCACAUUGGCAGGACACUCUGCUGGUGCACAACUGGCCUUCAAAGUCGCGACGUGCUUGCAACAUCCUCGGAUUCAAAAGCUCGCCUUAUUUGCCGGAGUAUUCGACUUGAGCGAGUUGCCGUUUUGCGAAAUUGGCGCAGCCAUUGGCUUAACUCCUGAGGAAGCGAAGAAGAGUUCGUGUCAUGCGUGCGAGAUUAACACGGUUAACAUUCGUGUUCAGAUUCUGAUAGCAUUAAAGGACUCACCUAAGCUCAUUGAGCAGAAUAGGGCCAUGGUUAAAGCGAUGAAAAGUCUAGGAAUAGCACUGGACGCACAUGAGUUUGUGAACUGUGACCACUUCGAUAUCGUGCAAGGACUUCGUGAAAACAGCGAAGAGCAAACACAGAAGUUCCUAGCAUUUCUUUGUGAUGAUAAAGUGCUCUCUUAA